ACGUCUGAUGCUAGCGGAUGCAAGAGGCUGAGGAUGGAGCCAUCUUGAGGUUUUGACUCUAAAAGGUCUGAACAUCUUAAACAUGCUGUCAGGACUUGUUUCUGCUGCCUGCUUCUCCCUGAAGCGGCCUCACUCGAAAGCCACUCUUCACAGAAUGUAUAGCUCAUCAAAGCCAGGGCAAUGGCUACUUGGAACUGUGGUUCAAAGAGGAGCUCAUAGGUGGUCUACAGCACCAUCAUCAAGGAUAAACCACAAGCCAGUGUAUACCAGGGCUCCAGCAUUUGGAGAUAAGCUUGCUAUCAUAGACAGCAGUGGCAGCCACAGCUACAAGCAGCUGUAUUGCAGCAGUUUAGGACUUGCAUGUAGAAUCAGCACUGCUCUCAACUCUGACUUUGGGCAUCUAGAAGGAAAGCGAAUUUCCUUCUUGUGUGCUAAUGAUGCUUCUUAUACAGUGGCACAGUGGGCGGCUUGGAUGAGUGGUGCGAUGGCGGUGCCCCUCUACCGAAAACACCCUGAAUCUGAGAUGGAAUACAUAAUCUCUGACUCCCAGAGUUCACUGCUGGUGGCCGGGCAUCCCUAUGCUGAAACCCUUGAGCCAAUGGCACAGAGAUUGGGACUGCCCUGCCUGAUACUGCCCCCUACUUCUAACCUGGGAACUUUAGAUGGGGCAGACACCCAAGAGAAGGAGACAGGAGACAUCACGGACUGGGCGGAUCGACCAGCUAUGAUUAUCUACACCAGUGGUACCACAGGGAGACCCAAAGGAGUUCUACAUACACACAGCAGCAUCCAAGCCAUGGUCCAGUGUCUGGUGUCAGAGUGGGCGUGGUCCAAAGAUGAUGUCAUCCUCCACACCUUGCCCCUCCACCACGUUCAUGGUAUCGUCAACAAGCUGCUGUGCCCACUCUGGGUGGGCGCCACCUGCGUCAUGCUGCCUGAAUUCCAGCCUCAGAAGGUGUGGGAGAUGCUGUUGAGCGCCAAGGCUCCCCCGGUUAAUGUGUUCAUGGCCGUGCCAACUAUCUACUCUAAGCUGAUCCAGUACUAUGAUCAGCACUUCACACAGCCUCACGUCAAGGAUUUUGUCAAAGCAGUCUGCAAAGAGAGGAUCAGGCUGAUGGUUUCGGGCUCGGCUGCUCUCCCUCUUCCCACUCUGCAGCGCUGGGAGGAGAUUACAGGACACACACUGCUGGAACGCUACGGCAUGACAGAGAUCGGCAUGGCACUGUCCAACCCUCUCAAGGGUCAGCGCAUCCCAGGGGCUGUAGGGUUGCCUCUUCCCGGUGUCGAAGUCCAGAUUGUCAUGAGUAACACAACCAACACCACCAUUGUGGAGGGCAAUCAUCGCGAAACUCAGGUACGUCAAGGUCUGGAGGGGAAAGAAGGGGAGCUCCUGGUUCGAGGUCCAUCCGUCUUUCAGGAGUACUGGAACAAACCUCAAGAGACCAGAGAGUCUUUCUCUGAUGACGGCUGGUUCAAAACAGGUGACAUCGCGGUCUAUAAAGACGGGGUGUAUUGGAUUAAGGGCCGCAGCAGUGUUGACAUCAUCAAGAGUGGUGGCUACAAGAUCAGUGCACUCGAGGUGGAGCGUCACCUACUGGCUCAUCCAGACAUCAUAGAUGUGGCUGUGAUAGGGGCCCCAGAUGCCACUUGGGGUCAGAAAGUCACCGCAGUGGUGCAGCUGAAGAAAGGGCAGAGUUUGACGCUGCCAGAGUUGAAGACCUGGGCAAGGGAGCACAUGGUGCCCUACACCAUUCCCACAGGCCUGGUGCUGGUGGAGACGAUGCCAAGGAAUCAGAUGGGUAAGGUCAACAAGAAAGACCUCCUGCGACACUUCUUCCCAUGACUGGAACCCCUCGAUAUGUGUGGCAACAUACAGUGUUUGUAAAGAACUUCAGAUGUCCUGGCUGCUUCCAUCUGGUCCUUAAAUCAGAUAAACCUCACAGACAAAUGGAAAGAGGAAAUACAAAUUAAUGGAAAAUCACUGCAUGGGAAAUUACUUAACCUUUAACUUAAUCACAACUAUGAGCACUGCAACAAAGGUAAUUCUAUUAAAUGGAAUGCAAAUUAUAUCAAGCAUUGUUAACCAGUUAGGGUGUAAGAGAGGUCUGGAAAUGUGUGUCCAAAUUUCAACUGAGUUUAUUAAGAAAAAGUCACAAUUAUUUUAAGUUGCAUUAAUAAAAAAGUGCUUAGAAUUCAAACUAACCAACAUGGAUGUGACAGACCUAAUAUGAACCAAUUUUCAGGGUUUGCUGUUCCAUAAUACAAAACUGUUGUAUGUGAAUUAUGAUUAUGAAUCAUAAGCAAUUCUAAAGUAUGUACUUUUGUAUGUUCACACUGGAAACAUGACAAAAGUAAGUAUGCUUAAAAAAAAGUUAUUUUUAUCUGGCUUUUGGUACAGUUUGUUGAUUUCUUUAAAAAGGAAUUUUUCCCCUAUAAGAUAGUGACAGUGGAUAGAGAGAGAUGGGUGAUGACACGCAGCAAUGGGCCGCAGGUCGGACUCAAACCUGGACCGCUGCAAAAGACUCAGCCUAUAUGGAGUGCACGCUUUUUUACUGGGUGAGCCACAGGUCGCCCCCAGUUUGUUAAUUUCUUGUAUACUAACUGCAUAAACGGUGUACUAUAAAGAUUAACAUAUAGUACAAAAAUACUUAAACACAGCAAUACCUAUUGGUUAAAGUGAUUUGAGCACUCAUACAUACUGGUAUCUGAUGUUUUGUUUGUGUAAAUUGCGAGUGAUGGUUUCUAGAAUCAUGGUUAAUUACUCCUGCAUUAAACAAAAUAAUGUGGCAGUUCAGUUAGAAAACACUGUUAAUAUCAGGUCCUUGGAAUUGUACGCACACUGGUGCAUUUGAAAUUACAGAUCAUUUUAUAACUGAAAUU